CGCACGCUGUGCGAUCACACUCGUUACAAACCAAAACUUUUCCAGUCACUCAUUUAAUAAUAUUUUUCUUUUAAUCAUGCUUUUUCAAUAUCUGCUUGCGGCUCUGCCAUUGACGCUCGCCGCGCCCCUUGCUUGCUCCGCCCCACCACGACCUUCAAGUGCCCCAGUUAUCACUCCUCCCAAGGGUCAGGUGAUCCCCAACCGGUAUAUCAUCAAGUUGAAGAACGAUGCGAGGAGCGAUGUCAUCAACGAAGCUGUAAAGCUUCUUCCUAGCAAGAAGGCCGAGCACGUGUACGAUUUUGGCUCCUACAGAGGCUUCGCGGCCGAGAUCCCAGAUGAUGUUCUCCCCUACGUUACCGGCCUUCCAGGGAUCGAUUACAUCGAGAAGGAUUGCAUCAUGAGCAUCGAUGUUGAUGUUCAGCGUCGUGAUGUUGUCACCCAGCCCUCUGCCCCCUGGGGUUUGGCACGUAUCUCCCACGUCCAACGUGGUAGCACUUCAUACGUGUAUGACGAGAGCUCAGGAGAGGGCACAUGCGCUUACGUCCUCGACACUGGUGUCUACACCCAGCACCCCGACUUUGAGGGCCGUGCCGAAUUCCUCGCAAACUAUGCCAACGAUGGCAAUGAUGAGGAUGGACAUGGUCACGGUACCCACGUCGCCGGAACCAUUGGAUCCAAGACGUAUGGUGUUGCUAAGAACUCCCACCUUUUCGCCGUCAAGGUCUUCAAUGCCACCGGAAAGGGACCUAACUCUGCUGUGAUUGCAGGCAUCCAAUUCGCGGCAAAUGAUCGACUGACCCGCACUGGUGCAUGCCCCAAGGGAUCUGUUGCGAACUUGUCUCUCGGAGGUGGACAAUCCGAUGCUGUCAAUGCCGCGGCUGCCGAUGCUGUUCGAUCUGGUCUCUUCAUGUCUGUCGCGGCUGGAAACAGCGGUGUUGAUGCCUCUGAGUCUUCACCUGCUUCUGAGUCCUCCGUCUACACUGUCGGAGCAACUGACUCAAGCGACAAGAUUGCUUGGUACAGCAACUAUGGUUCCUAUGUUGAUAUCUUUGCUCCGGGCACUGAUAUCGUCUCUCUCUGGAACAACGGCGGCACUAACACCAUGUCUGGUACCUCUAUGGCUGCACCACACGUAGCUGGUAUCGCCCUUUACCUCUUGUCCCUUGAAGGUCAGAGGAGCGUUGCUGCCUUGAGCGCCCGUCUUUCCGAACUCGCCACCAAGAACAUCGUCACUGGACUCCCCGGAAACACCAUCAAUGCAUUGGCUUUCAACGGCUACGGAGCUCCCGCUCCAGGCACCCCCACCCAGUCCGUAAAUUCCACUCAACCUGCUGGUCCUACUGGCACUGGAUACUUCCCAACUUCCACCGGAAUCUCUCCUACCGGAAUUUCCACCGGCGUGCCCGUCAGCGCUGGAACCGGUGUUCCCACCAGCGUGCCCACCACCAUCGUCCCAUACCCGACCUCAGGCUACCCCUCUUCAGGAUACCCGUCCAACCCAUCUAACCCAUCCAACGGAUAUCCAACCUAUAACUACAACUCCUACAGGGUUCGUUAGAGUCGCCCGUAGCAAAUACAUAGCCAAUGUUUCCUUUUAUAUGACUUGUCAGCCAUGUAUAUCAUCCGGCCCUGGUAUGGAGCCUCCGCAGGGAAAUCUCGUGGUCGUUGAACAAAUUCUACUUUGUAUUCGUCCACUGAAUGAGGUGUGCACAUUUUAUCUUCUCAUGUUGCACCAUUUGUGGCGCAGCAAUGUAUGUAUGUUUUAAUUAUUGAACAAUUCUGCGGACAACAUAGACGGUACACCUUUAGUAUUUUCUAGCAUCUUCUGUUAGAUACCAGGUGUAGUGAAGGAUAUCAUCGUCCUUCGUUAUGCAUCUUGCCCUGGAGUCCACCAGUGGGUGGAUUCGAGGGACAGUUUUGACAAUGUGAUUACAUUAAAACUAACAAUGUGGCUUUCACUAAUAAAGUUGUGACAGU